ACUAGCAAACAAGAGCAGGAAGCCAUCAUGUUUCCCUCCAGUCAGCGACAAAAACAUCGGCCGUCGUUGGGUUAUUUGCUUUUAGCCGCGUACCUUACGUCGGUGCCAGUGUCGGCCAAGCUGGACAGCCUCCGGGAAGUCACCGACGGCAACUGGGAGGACAUACUGACCGGGGAAUGGAUGAUUGAAUUCUACGCACCGUGGUGCCCCGCCUGCCAACAGCUGCAGUCGGUCUGGAAGGAGUUCGCGGACUGGGGGGACGACAUGGGGGUCAACAUAGCCAAAGUGGACGUGACGGAACAACCAGGUCUCAGCGGGAGAUUCAUCAUUACGUCACUUCCGACAAUUUACCACUGUAAAGAUGGUGUCUUCCGCAAGUACCAAGGCGCUCGCACCAAAGACGACUUCCUCAGCUACAUCGAUGCUCAAAAAUGGAAAGCGGUGGAGCCGAUCUCCUCCUGGUUCGGGCCCUCGUCUUUUCUAAUGAACUCGAUGUCUGCUCUCUUCAAGCUCUCCAUGUUCAUAAGGCGUUGCCAUAACUACAUGACGGAACAACUGGGGAUCCCCGUGUGGGGCUCGUACGUUAUCUUCGGCCUGGCCACGCUCUUCUCCGGCCUCGCUCUCGGACUGCUGCUGGUGUUCAUCGCCGACUUUGUCUUCCCUUCGCGGCGAUUCUCCUCUCCUGACUACUACCAGAAGAAGCAAACGCUGGAUCAAGCCCGGCUAAUCCAGCAACAGGAGGAGGAGCAAGAGGCAGACGGCGAGGAGGACGACGACGAAGAGGAGGAGUACGAGGACAGAGACCCGGACGGCGUGUGGAGGACGCGCAGGCGAAGGGGCUCCCCCGGGGCACGCAAAGGACACGCCUUGUCGGACGACACCCUGAGGAAGAGGGUGGUUCUCAGCCGCCAGGACAAGGAGGAGGAGGACGACGAAGAAGACGAGGAGGACUCGUAGAGCGGCGGCGCGGAGCGUCACGUGACCUGUGCUACUCGACGUGAAGUCGCCCGGAGUCGGGGGAGACUCGCUCUUUGCAAAAUUGUUUACAACGCCAGGCUUUUUGCCCUAUCGACCUUCCCCCCUAAGAUAAGGCGCCAUCUUUUUUAUCUUCUCUCUCCUCCCUCACUUCACACACUGGCCAGCAGGAGAACUACCGUGAUUUCCGGGCUACAGAGCGCACCGGUAUUGUAAGUCGCGUCCACCAAAUUUUAGAAGAUAUUAUUAUUUUUACAUAUUAGACGCACCGGACAAUGAGUCGCAGAUAUACAGUACAGGCCAAAAGUUUGGACACACCUUCUCAUUCAAUGCGUUUUCUUUAUUUUCAUGA